AUGUUCGUUAUGCUGGAGAAUUUCAUCCACGUCCAAAAUAUGGAUGGGAUAGAUGUGAUGAUGAAUGGGAAUUAGUAUUCGAUAAUGGAUCGGGUACUUAUGCUCCUAAUCCAGAUCUAUUGAUUAAUUUAAAAGAAUUAUUAUUAUUCAAUUUUCCUGGAUUAAAUAUUGUUACAUAUGAAUAUAAAGAUCCGAAAUUGAAAGAAAGUGUGACAGAGUUAAAACAUGCAGUAGAAAAAUAUAAAAAUAGUACAGCAACAAUUCAACAGCUUGUUUUGACUUAUCCAAAUUCUGCUUCGUAG